AUCCACUUCCUAGUAUUACUCGCUUUCCGGUCAGAAAAUAUAUUUCAUACAGUCCAACCCGCAGGGAAGCUGCUACUUUCGAUUUUCAAAAUCUCAAUUGAAAUAACCCCUCUUUCUGAAAAGUCGCCAAAUUUUUUCCUUUCCACAGCUUAGUUCGUUGUCAGUUAGUCUGUUGGUUAUGGAAGGGGAAGAAUCAAUCCCUGACAGCAAACGUAGGAGAAUCGAAGAAACAGUGGUGAACAUCCUCAAAGAAUCCGACUUGGAAACUGCCACCGAGCAUUCCGUCCGAGCCGCCGCUUCCCAACUCCUCGGGUCCGACUUAUCUGACGGACCCGACAAAUGGGUGGUCAGAAGGGUCAUCGAAUCUUUUCUCCUCUCCACUGCUGCAGACAUGGUGGCAUUACUCCCACCAGCCUCCAGUGGUAUCAGUGAUGGCCGGGUCAUCUGUAAAUUAUCAGACAAGAGGAAUGUAGCAUUACAUGAUUAUAACGGGAAAGCCUUGGUCUCGAUACGUGAUUAUUAUGAGAAAGAUGGAAAGCAGUUGCCUUCUGGAAGAGGAAUUACUUUGACAGGUAGACAGUGGUCGUUAUUCAGAGACAACAUUGGCGCAAUAGAGAAGGCCAUCUCAAAUUUGGAUGCAAAGAUAAGGUCAUCAGCUGCUGUAGUAGAGAGGAAGCAGUCAGUCACGGAUGUCUUGGAUACUUCAUCGGGUAAUGACAUUGCUGCUACUCUAGGAACUGUAGCAUCAGAUCAAAGCAAGCAAAUUACGUUGCCAAAUGUAUUGGUUUCUGAGGCGGCGGCUGGAGGCAGAAAAGUUGUCCCCGAGUCUGUGAUAGCUCCAGAAGGAAGUCCAACACGUCCAGCAGAACCAUUUCCAGUCGAAUCUGUUGGUCCAGUGGAUUCUCAAGGAGACAGGUCCCAUAAUUGGACAGCUGAUAUUCCUCGUCAGAGCCUGACUCCCUUGAUGACUACCCGUCUAGAUGGGAAAAAUUACCAUUCUUGGGUGCAUCUGAUGGAAUUCUUCCUAAAUCAAGUUAAGGUUGCAUAUGUGCUUCGUCAUCCGUGUCCCAGCACUGAAAAAGCGAUGAGCUUUGAGGAGGCCAUACAAACCAAAGCUGCCAUACGGAAAUGGAAUGAUGAUGAGUACAUAUGCCGGCACUACAUCUUGAACUCCCUGUGUGACAAUCUGUUUGUUGAAUACUCAAAGAAGGGUCACAAUGCCAAAGACCUCUGGGAGGAACUGAAAUUGGUUUACUCAGAUGAGGAUUUUGGAACGGCGAGGUCUCAGAUCAGCAAAUAUGUUCAUUUUCAGAUGGUCGAUGGCAUUUCCGUGGUUGAGCAAAUACAAGAGCUGCAGAGGAUUCUAAACGCCAUCAUGUCUUCUGGAAUUUGGAUUGAUGAGAACUUUCAUGCCAGCGUCAUCAUCUCGAAGCUCCCGCCUUCAUGGAAGGACUACCGGGCAAAAUUGAUGGCUGAGGAUGAAGUUUUACCGUGCAACAUGCUGAUGCAUCGCCUGAAGCUCGAAGAAGAGUCGCGGAACCAGCGCAUGAAGGAUAAGCAUAGUUUGGGGGUGCGGAACAAUCAUCAAGUCCCAAAACCAAAGAACACUCCUAGUGGAGGAGUGGCGGCGAAGAAGAAGGUAGUAUGCUGCUAUACAUGUGGUAAGGAAGGCCAUAUAUCCAAAUACUGUCCAGAUAAAAUGAAGAACAAUGGGAUUGGUAGGAAGGAAAAUGAAAAUGGUGGGCAGGUUACUGAUGCUUCUACCAAGGAGGAACAAGCAAAAUAACAACCUCCUUUUAAUAGGUUGAUUGAUUUUCAUUGAGAGAUUAGAGUUAAAUUGUAGACAUCAUCUUGUACAAAGAAAAGGUGUUUUUUUUUUUUUUGGGAUUUGGGAUGUUGUUUGUGCUAAUUCCAUUUAGAGGGACUGACUGAAACAGCUAAAUCAGGUCAGAUAGUGGGGAAGACCGGAAGAGUCUUGACUCUUGAUUCCUAUAGUUCAUACUCAUAUAGCACUCGACAACCACUGUUGCAAGAACAAGUUUUCAUCUUUUGAUUUUUAUUUCCGUUCCCAAUUUUGAGGUGUGGUUUCUAACUUAUACACCUCAAGUAAUGUUGUGCCGAAU